AUGGCUUCUCGGGCCUUCAGCACAUCUCCCCUCGCACGAGCUGCCGAGGUCAAAUCUUUGGGGGUGAUAGGCGCUGGUCAAAUGGGACUGGGCAUCGCUCUCGUUGCCGCACAGAAAGUUCAAAUCCCAGUAACAUUAAUCGACACUUCACAAGCCUCUUUAGAUAAGGGUCUUAAGUUUGCGGACAAACUUCUCGCCAAAGAUGUUGCUAAGGAGCGCCUCACGCAGGACGCCGCCAACGCCGCGCGCGCACGCAUCUUGCCCAGCCAGAAGAUGGACGACCUCGCAGCGGUGGACUUUGUCAUCGAGGCGGUGCCGGAGAUGGUGGAUCUGAAGCGGUCUAUUUUCGCGCAGCUGGCGCAGAUUGCGCCUAAGCACGCCAUCCUGGCUACUAACACCUCGUCCAUCUCCAUCACCAAAAUCGCGGCGGCGACGACAACAGACCCGACCGACCUUCAGGCACCGGCGCGGGUCGUCUCGACGCACUUCAUGAACCCUGUGCCCGUGCAGAAGGGAGUGGAGAUCAUCGCCGGUCUGCAGACAUCCCGGGAAACGCUUGACACGGCCGUUGCAUUUGUGCAGCGCAUGGGCAAGGUCGCCUCCAUCUCCGCGGAUUCGCCAGGCUUCCUGGCGAACCGUAUCCUCAUGCCGUAUAUUAAUGAGGCGAUCAUCUGUUUGGAGACUGGAGUAGGGGCCAAGGAGGACAUUGAUAGUAUCAUGAAAAAUGGUACAAAUGUGCCCAUGGGGCCUUUGACGCUGGCGGACUUUAUCGGGCUGGAUACCUGUCUGGCUAUUAUGACUGUCCUGCAUCAUGAGACGGGGGAUAGUAAGUACCGGCCGUCGGGUCUCUUGAAGCGCAUGGUGGAUGCGGGUUGGUUGGGCAAAAAGUCGGGCAAAGGCUUCUAUGACUAUUGA